GCGCCGAGAGGGCGAGUCCGCGCUGUUGGCGCCUGGUCCGCGCUUCGGCACUCUGGCGCCGGAGCCGGGUCGCGGCCAUGGGGCUGGGCUCCAGCACCGAACAGCCCGCAGAGACCUCCGAGGGCUUCCACCUGCACGGGGUGCAAGAGAACUCCCCAGCGCAGCAGGCGGGCCUGGAGCCCUACUUUGACUUCAUCAUCACCAUCGGGCACUCGCGGCUGAACAAGGAGACUGACACGCUGAGGGAUCUGCUGAAGGCCAACGUGGAGAAGCCCGUGAAGCUGGAGGUGUUCAACAUGAAGACCAUGAAGGUGCGCGAGGUGGAGGUGGUGCCCAGCAACAUGUGGGGCGGCCCGGGCCUGCUGGGCGCCAGCGUGCGCUUCUGCAGCUUCCACAGGGCCAACGAGCACGUGUGGCACGUGCUGGAUGUGGAACCCUCUUCGCCCGCCUCCUUAGCUGGCCUGCGCCCCUACACAGACUAUGUGAUUGGCUCAGACCAGCUGCUCCAGGAGUCGGAGGACUUCUUCACUCUCAUCGAGUCCCACGAGGGGAAGCCCUUGAAGCUGAUGGUUUAUAACUCCGAGUCUGACUCCUGCCGGGAGGUGUCUGUAACUCCCAAUGCCGCCUGGGGUGGAGAGGGCAGUCUGGGAUGUGGUAUUGGCUACGGGUAUCUGCAUCGGAUCCCAAUCCAGCCCCCCAGCUACCACAAGAAGCCACCUGGUGCCCUUCCACCUGGUACCCCACCACCUGAUGCCCGACCAUCUAGUACCCCGCCAUCUGGUACCCCACCACCUGGUGCCCUGCAAGCGGGUACCCCGCAACCUGGUACCCCACUACCUGGUACCCCGCCCCACGGUGCUCUGACAUCUGGUACCCCACCACCUGGUGCCCUGCCACUUGGUGCUCUGCCACCUGGUACCCUGCUGCCUGGACCCACCCCCCAGGACUCUCCUGCCCCUCCCGGCCCAGAAGCGGGUGCCAGGCAGGGAGGCUACAUGGAGGCCUUGCUGCAGGCACCCGGCUCCUCUGCAGAGGGACUGCUUCCUGAGCCUGGGAGUCUCGGCUACGCUGCGCCAGACCUUAGGGGACUUCCCCGUCCCAUGGAGACUCCUCUUCAGCCUCCACCUCCAGUGCAGCGAGUCAUGGACCCAGGCUUCCUGGACGUGUCUGGCAUCGCCCCCUUGGACAGCAGUGCCGGUGUCUGGCCCAGCCUGCCCUUCCCAGGGCUGACCUCCACCGCUGCAUCUGCCUCGGGGCUGGAGGACGUCUGCUCCAGCGGUGGCUCUCACGAGCGUGGUGGUGAGGCCACGUGGUCUGGGUCAGAGUUCGAGGUCUCCUUCCCGGACAGCCCAGGCGCCCAGUCCCAGCAGGACCACCUGCCUCAGCUGACCCUUCCCGACAGCCUCACCUCCGCAGCCUCGCCGGAAGAUGGGCUGUCUGCUGAGCUGCUCGAAGCACAGGCUGAGGAAGAGCCGGCAAGCGCGGCGAGUCCAGAUUCUGGGACCGAGGCUGAGGGGGCAACCGGCCAGGCCCAGCCUUCUACCCCAGAAUAACACCCUGGGCUAUGACGAGGCCCCUGGUGGCAUUUCGUGAGGCCCUGGUGUGGGGAGGUGGCUCGGGCCACUUCAGGGCCCAGCCCCUUGCCUGCUCCCAGCCCAGCAUGUCCAGUGUCCUAGGCUGUGGCUCCGUGCAGGGACUUCUGCUGGUGGGGGGCUCUUGUGUCCACUCAGACCUUACUGGUCUCCAAGAAAUGACCUCCCAGCAUUAAUUCUGAGUGAUGGUCCUGGCUUUGGGGAAUUGGGCACUUGUUUGAGAACCUCAGACGCGUCCUUUUGGGUGGUAGAGGGCUGGACACAGCACCUCAGGUUGAAUCAGUUCUGCAGCAGCCGGGAUAGGAGAGGAAAGGCUGCCUCACUGCUUGUGUGGGGCUUGAAGCCUCAGUCGGUGGGUACUAAGAGGCAGGGUGUGGGCCUUGGUUGGGGAAGGGCAUCUUUCGGCCAUGUACGGUGAGGUCCAGUGCUUGCUUCCGCUUGGUCACCGUGGCUUCCCCGGAGCCAGAAGGGUCCAGACACGAUCAGGUGUGACGAUGGGGUCAGGAAGGAAGGGGUUGCUGUGGAGUGUUUGCCAGGUCGCUUUGUUAGACUUGCCUUGAUUCUUCCUGUACAGCUUAGCCAGCGCUAUCUGUACUAGGCGGCACUCCCAAGCCCUGGGGACCCCUGAAGCCCAAGCUACUGCCUCUCUGUCAUGGGCUACCCCUGUGCCACACCGUGCAGGUGGCUCAGGCUGACUGGCAUCUGCCAGCCACAGCUGGAGGAGAGAGGUGGUGAAUUUGCCCACCUCUCCCAGGAGGGCUGGGAAUUCCAGGCCCGUCAGCAGAGACUCGCCGGGGCCUGAACCCCAGUGUUUCUUCUUCCCCAGGGCCUAUGCUCCACAGGCCUAGUAUCCCAGGGGUGAAUCCCGUCAGCCCCCAGACUUACACUACUGUCUCUUCUGAGCCCACAAGGCACCCAGCCAGCCCCAGUGGCGAAUACCGUACAAGUUUAAAUUCACCGUCUUAAGCAGACUCUCAAAGCCAGUCCUGACUGGAUCUCCUUACACGCAGCUCCUGCCACAAGGGGGGAAACGAGAGGCUUGGGCAAGAGUGGAUAAGGGCCUUUCUGUUCUUUCCCAUAGUAUUGUGUGUGUGCGUGUGCAUGUGCAUGUGUGUGUUGGGGGGAGGGAUGGGGGAAGCUAGUCCUCCUGCCACCAGGUGCCUAGGGAGGCUGAGGCUGGGGUGGGUCCUCCGGCCUGCAGGAAGGGGCGGUCCCCCCAGGCGGGUCCUCCGUCCCUUGACGUUCUCUCCUGCUUUGGCUGCAGUCCUUCACCUCCCCAUGCCCCCUGCUUAUUACCAAGAAAGCUGCCUCUGGCCUUGUCUUCUAUUCUCUGUCCACAUAAAGCUCCUCUUUGCUGUGUAAUUUGUAAUGUCUGCACUUAAAAGUAAACUCAGAGCUCUAUUAGGCCCAUAGCACAAGGACUAUUGGGUCUGGGGGGCACAGAUCAAGUAUAUGGAGGGAGGGCCCCAAACUAGCAAACACUUGGCAAUUUCUAGCACUCUGACUGCAUUCAAAGCAAGCCUGUCAAGGCCACCAGCUCAGCCAAGCCUGCAAAACAGGGAGGCCUUGUGCCCGAAGCCGGCGCCGCAGCCUGGUUCCUGGGCUGUCUGGGAGCCCGCGUCCCCUGCAGGAAUCCAGGACGUAGGACAGAACUGCCACAGCACUGCUUGGAGGGCGGCUUCCCUUAGCUGUGGCCUGGGAAGCGAAAGCCACUCCUACUGAAGGGAUCUGGGUGUCCUCACUGUACACACUCGUCGCCUGAAAGGGGCGGGGGGACAGGUAAAAUGGAUGUCAGUGCUAAUUAUUUCUGGAGUUAACAUGAAACCAGCGGUUUCUUUUCUAUAACCUGCUAUGAAGGAAAAUAACGAGUGAAAAAAAAUAACGUACUACACUUUGAAUAUUUUUACUAAAGCCUUUAUUCUAUACAACUGAAAUACAGAUUUUUACGCUUUUGGCAGACUCAGGUUUUCUGGAAACCUGCUGGGUUGAUUGGAAGAAAAGAAGAAAGUACAACCAUGCUGGGGUCACACCCACGACAGGGAGGGAGCGCGGCCGCCCUCGGUGCCAUGCACAGGGCAGCGCGGCCAGCGAAACCCAUCCUUUGCCCAAGGGCCCUCAUCAAACACAUCUGAGGGCUGGAGAAUGAACUGUUAUUUUUUUUUUUUUUACAUCAACUCACAACUAUUGCUAAAAAAUGUGCACCAAAGGUGCACUGGUGUAUCCAACAGAUAGAAAGGAUUGUUUAAAAAAGAAGCCGGCUGCUCUGCUAAGGGAGAAGGACUCGGUGGGAAUGUGGCACGUCUUUGCUUGCGUCUUCAAGGAGCCAGAGGCAAUGACCUGUCCACUUUCCUAAGGAGGCUGCCCAGCAGUGAGGGGGCCUUGUCUCCACAGUUGUGCGAAUCGGAGUACCUCUAACAGGAAGGUUUGGACCCAGGCCAUCAGCUGUCAUCAGCUGACCCUGCGAAGAUGUAGAAAAGCCUCCCCCGCCCUUCCCUGUCCCGGCUGCUGUGGGCAUAGGCCGCGCACAAGCGGGGGAGGCCCCGGACUGGAAGAAACUGCCCUCUGAAGGCACUUGUGCUUCUGGCUCCACGCAGGAG